UUUUUUUUUCAAAUUUCAAAAAACAGAGCAACGUUCGUUUUUCAUCAUAACACUGAAAACUGGAGAAAUCACCGGCCUUUCAAAGGCAACUUUUUUUUUCUUCAUCUCUCUCUGUGAAGAUUGUAAAAAGCAUCAAAACCCCUUUUUUCCCUUUUUCUUGAUUACCCAUUACCCUUUUUUUUUUCAUUUCAAAAACUCUCAGAUUCGCCCCCCUUUUUAUCAAUGGAUGUUGGUGACUGGCAUGAUCCACUUCUUAUUACUGACGCUUCUUCCCAACAACAACAACAAAUAUCGCUUAGCUUUAACAAAUACUACCCCUUUUCGUUGUCGUGUGAUUUAGGAAAUACAGUGAUGGAUGAUUCUGAUUGUUGUACCCCAAUCAAGAUUGAAGAAGGGUGUAAUGCUGGAAAUUUCAAGGACCCAGUUGCAGAAAGUGUGAUUAAUGGUAGAGAUCUGUUGGGGUUUUCAUUAACAUCUCCUGAUUUGGUGAUUUGUACUGGAUCACCAGAUAUUCCUGCUCGAAACUACGGAGAUUCACCUGAGUUUUUGAAGGGUUGCUCCAUUUCUCUAGAAAAUGGAAUUAAGGGUUCUGAAGAGGUUCAAGCUGCUACAAAGUUGUUCACAGAUUGGCAGGGAUCAAAGGAUGACGAUUUGUGUGCGCCAGCUGAUUUUGAGCUUCCUUCUCCACCAGUUGAAGAGAAUUCAUCUGAACUUUCAGUGCCUAUAGUUAGCAUUAAUGUUGGAUCAACAGAUUGCAUCAGUUCUGAGAGUGGCAUUCAGUUUUCGGAGGAUAAAUAUUUCUGUGGAGGCAAUGUUCUGAGUACUGACACUAGAAUUGAGGAGAGUAUAUGUGCUAGUGUAUAUCAGACUGCACGCGUUGGGAAUUUUUCAUACCACUUUAACAAUUUAAGUGCUGGAUUUUAUCUAGUUGAUCUGCAUUUUGUGGAGGUAGUCUUGACUGAUGGUUCUACUGGAGAUAGAGUCUUUGAUGUUUACAUUCAACAGCACAAGGCUAUUUCGUCAUUAGAUAUCCUUGCUCAUGUGGGAGCAAAUAAACCCCUGCUGAUAUCUGACCUUGAAGCUCAUGUUGAUGGUGAAGAAGGGAUUUCCAUAAGAUUUGAAGGGGUAAUAGGAAUGCCAAUUGUUUGUGGCAUUUCUAUAAGGAAACAUUCUUCGAGAUGUACCGGAGAGUGUGAAUUAUUUGAAUUUUCUGAAAAUUCUCCACAAAGAAACUCACUAGAGGUAAAUGGUGAUAUUAAGGCAGCUGGAAAGCUUCAAUUAGCAAAUGUAUCUCGGGAAAAGGAACUGGAGGAAGUAAAGAGGCAGGUGGAGGAACUUAAAAGGGAGAAUGAACUGAAAUGCAAAGAAUGUGCUGAAGCUUGUAGGUCCUUAAAGGAGCUUCAGAAUGAGCUCAUGCGCAAAUCAAUGCACGUUGGAUCACUCGCUUUUGCAAUUGAGGGCCAAGUGAAAGAAAAGAGCAAGUGGUUUUCAUCCUUGAGAGAUCUGACAAGGAAUUUGAAGAUUUUGAAAAUGGAUCAGAUUAAAGUAUCUGAGGAAGCUUCAACAUAUAAGCAGCAAUUCCUAGCAGAUUUUGCAGAUAUGAGCUCUACCAUUCAGUCCAAAUUAAAGGAACAAGUUGAAUUGCACGAAGAUCUCAAGAUCAAGUUCAUCAAGGGUGCUAAGGAACAGAGAGAACUUUAUAACAAAGUUUUGGAUUUAAAAGGGAACAUUAGGGUCUUUUGCCGGUGUAGGCCUUUGAACACCGAAGAGACAGCUGCAGGAGCUUCAAUGACAAUUGACUUUGAAGCUGCAAAGGAUGGGGAACUCACUGUGAAGUCCAACGGCACGUCUAAAAAGACCUUCAAAUUUGAUGCUAUUUUUAGCCCCCAAGCCAACCAAGCUGAAGUAUUUGAAGACACUGCUCCCCUGGCAACCUCGGUUCUAGAUGGGUACAAUGCUUGCAUAUUUGCCUACGGUCAGACAGGUACUGGCAAGACAUUUACAAUGGAAGGCACAGAAGAAUCUCGUGGGGUCAAUUACCGAACUCUUGAGGAGCUAUUCCGCAUUAUUGAGGAGAGAAAGAACGCAGUUCGGUAUGAAAUAUCAGUGAGCGUCUUGGAAGUAUACAAUGAGCAGAUUCGGGAUUUGCUUGUUUCAGGAUCUCAACAAGGCGUGAAAAGGCUUGAAAUCAAGCAAGAUGGAGAAGGAAUGCAUCAUGUUCCUGGACUAGUUGAGGCCCACGUGAAUAAUAUGAAUGAAGUUUGGGAAGCUUUACGAACUGGUAGCAAUGCGAGGGCAGUUGGAUCAACCAAUGCAAAUGAGCACAGCAGCCGAUCACAUUGCAUACAUUGUGUAAUGGUUAAGGGAGAGAAUUUGCUAAACGGGGAAUGCACAAGAAGCAAACUGUGGCUAAUUGAUCUAGCAGGAAGUGAGAGGAUAGCUAAGACAGAAGUACAGGGUGAAAGGCUAAAAGAAACCCAAAAUAUAAACAGAUCUCUUUCUGCCCUUGGAGAUGUGAUAUCUUCACUUGCAACAAAAAGCGCCCAUAUUCCAUUCCGGAAUUCGAAACUUACUCAUUUGCUCCAAGACUCACUAGGAGGAGAUUCAAAAACAUUGAUGUUUGUACAGAUCAGUCCUAAUGAGAAUGACUUGAGUGAGACUCUUUGCUCAUUAAAUUUUGCAAGUCGAGUUCGAGGUAUAGAGCUAGGUCCAGCAAAAAAGCAAGUGGACAGUGUGGAGCUUCUGAAAUACAAACAGAUGGUCGAAAAGGGCAAACAAGAUAUGAAGAACAAAGAUGUUCAGAUGAAAAAGAUGGAGGAUACAGUUCACGGUUUGGAUAUUAAAUUAAAGGAAAAGGAUAUGAAAAACAAAAGCCUUCAGGACAAGAUUAAAGAACUAGAAGCACAACUUCUUGUAGAGAGAAAACUUGCUCGACAGCACGUUGACUCUAAAAUUGCUGAACAGUUUCAGCAACAGCAUAUCAGACAACAGAAUGAGGAGGAAGAUGCAGCACCACCUACGAGGCUACCACUUGCCAGCAAAAUUUCUGCUCUGAAGACUUACGAUGAAAAUAAGUUCCCACUUAAUAUAACUCGACCACUAACUGAGAACAAUUCCUACAAACUCUCGGUGCCUUCUGCUAAUGUAGAUUGUGCUUUGAAGCACUAUGACCUGACAGAAAAAGAAAACAAGGAAAACAAUCCAGAUAUUGAUGAACAACCAGUCGUUCUAAAGAGGUCAGGGAGAGCUUCUAUGUGUCCCAUUGCACACAGGAUUCUUCCUACACCUGCUCCACGUCGUAACUCUCUAAUUCCCAUACGCACUCUAUCAGCUGUACCUAAGUUGCCUCCUCCACUUUUUCCAUUGAGAUCAAUUCAAUCAGAGGGGAUGGAAGAUGCUGAUGGAGCUGAUUCAAAAUGCUUACCUGAACCAACUCCACAGGAUAGUCCUAAAGAGCUUAAGACAGCCAGUAAGAAGCUCAACAGUGUCCUGCGACGAAGUCUUCAGAAGAAAAUGCAGUUCAAGUCUCCUAUGCAACAGAACAUCAGAAGAGUUGGCGUCAACGUGGGAAUGGAGAAAGUUAGGAUCUCUAUUGGUAGUAGGGGAAGAAUGGCUCAAAGAGUGAUGCUUGGUAAUGCUAGAAGAGUUCCAAAAGAAAAUCAGCAGAAGCAAAGAUGGAAUAUUGGAACAGCCAACAAAGCUGUUCUAUGAUUCUGAUUCUUUAUUUUACUACUUGUUUAUUCUGAACUAACUAAUUGAAGAUGCUUCUUGCAUGCAUUUUGCAGCAACACAGUAACUGAAAAAAAAAGAGGAAAAAAUGGUUUGCUGAUUGCUCAACCUAAAGCCACUUUACUUCUUGUUUGUGGAUGGUUGUUACCCGUUGUAUUGUAUUGUCAGUUUAAAUACAACAUUUGUUUUGAUUGUUACUUAUAUAAAUGUAUCGUAUCGUUUAAACCAAUGGUUACAUAACAACGAAAAGACUCAUUUUAUGUGAACUGAUUUGUUACCUUAA